AUGAGUAAGAGAAGCAGUAGGCAAAAUGCAGCUGCUAAUGCUGCAGCUGCCGCUCGUAAAGGACAAGAUAAUACGGGCAUUUUGACAAUUGAUCCAGUUAUGGAGCCUCAAUUCGAGAACGGACAGUAUAGAGAAUAUUUGGUGACCACAGCGCUGCCAUUGUUGAGCAAGAAGCGUAAUAUGACGUCCAAGGAGUAUCUUUUGGUUGCAGGGUUAUUGGUGUGUGCGUUCUACGUGAGAUGUUCGAACUUGGCGUACCCUAACUCGGUGGUGUUUGAUGAAGUGCAUUUCGGAGGGUUUGCACGGAAAUACAUUUUGGGGCAGUUUUUCAUGGAUGUGCACCCGCCAUUGACCAAGAUGUUGUUUGGAGCUGCCGGUUUGAUCGGGGGAUUCAAGGGAGACUUUGAUUUCAAGGCGAUUGGGAACGAAUUCCCUGCCACGACGCCUUAUGUGACAAUGCGUUAUUUCCCGGCAUUGAUGGGCGUGGGUACGAUUUUGUUGUGCUAUUUGACAUUGAGAAACUCUGGAUGUAGACCAAUUGUAUGUCUUAUUACCAGUGCAGCCUUAAUGAUUGAGAAUGCAAAUGUGACUAUUUCCAGAUAUAUCUUAUUGGACUCUCCAUUGUUGUUCUUUAUCGCGUCAGCAAUCUAUACGCUUAAGAAGUUUGAAGUCCAAGUUCCAUUUUCUUUCGGUUGGUACAGAUGUUUGGUUGGAUGUGGUAUUGCUUUAGGAUUAGCAGUCAGCUCCAAAUGGGUUGGCUUAUUCACUAUUGCCUGGGUUGGUGUAUGCUGUAUCUACCAACUCUGGUUCAUCAUUGGUGACUUGUCUGUCAACUGCAAGAAAGUGGUGCACCAUUUUGUUAUCCGUGGUGCCUUGUUAUUAGGUAUUCCUAUUUUCUUAUAUUUGUUAUUCUUUUCCGUUCAUUUUAAGUUAUUGGCUAAUGAAGGUGAUGGAUCUGCUUUCAUGUCCAGUGCAUUUAGAGCUUCUUUGAAGGGUAAUGCUAUCCCAAGAGAUAUCACUGCAAACGUUGGAUUUGGUUCAAUUGUUACCAUUCGUCAUUUGGAAACUCAAGGGGGUUAUUUACAUUCUCACAACCACUUCUAUCCUGCUGGUUCAAAGCAACAGCAAAUUACGUUAUACCCUCAUUUAGAUUCUAACAAUGAUUGGAUUAUUGAACCUUAUAAUGAAACCAUGCCUGACACCUUUGUUCCUAUUACUGAUGGAAUGAAAAUCAGAUUGAAACAUGUUAACACAGGCAGAAGAUUACAUUCACACGAUGAAAAGGCCCCUGUCAGUGAAAGAGAUUGGCAAAAGGAAAUUUCGUGCUACGGGUUUGACGGAUUUGACGGAGAUGCUAAUGAUGACUUCUUUGUCGAGAUCGUCGAAAGUAAGUCGGCACCUGGUGAAGCCCAAUCUAAGUUGAGGGCAUUGCAAACUGUUUUCCGUUUAAGACACGUUAUGACUGGACAUUAUGUUUUUUCAAGUACUGUUAAAUUACCUGAUUGGGGGUUCGAACAACAAGAAGUCACAGCUGCUUCACAAGGUUACAGACCAUUAACAAACUGGUAUAUUGAAACUAACAAAAAUACCCGUGUCAACAGCACAAUUGAAGAGAUAGUCAACUACCCUGUUCUUUCAUUCUGGGAUAAAGUUGCAGAAUUACAUAAGAGAAUGUGGAAAAUCAACCAAGGUUUAACUGACCACCACAACUGGCAAUCUUCUCCACAUGAAUGGCCAUUAUUGUUAAGAGGUAUUAACUAUUGGGUUAAAGAUCACAGACAAGUUUACUUUUUGGGUAAUGCAGUCGUCUGGUGGGCUUCUUCCGCAGCAAUUGUCACUUUUGCAAUACAUUCCUUAUUCUCCAUUGUCAGAUGGCAAACAGGUGCUCAGGUUGCUGGAAACAAGCAUGUCUUCAACUUCAAUUCGCAAGUGUUCUUAUACACCGUUGGUUGGGCAUUGCAUUAUUUCCCAUUCUUCAUUAUGGGUAGACAAUUAUUUUUACAUCACUACAUCCCUGCUAUUUAUUUUGCCAUAUUAGCAUUGGGUCACUUUUUUGAUAUUCUUGUCAGUUACCUCACUGCAAAAUAUAAGGUAUUAAACAAGGUCUCCUAUGGUGCUUUGGGAUUAUUCUUAACUUUCGCCUUGGUAUUUUAUGCUCAAUAUUCUUCACUUAUUUACGGUUCUCCAUGGACUCGUGAAAAAUGUGAAGCUUCCAAGGCUAUAGGAACUUGGGAUUUUGAUUGUACUACUUUUUUGAACAACAUCAACGAGUACUCAACUUUACUCACCACCGCUACACAAACCCCAAUCCCAGAAGAUCCCGCAGCACCAAUCGAUGCACUUGAAGCAAAGGAAGCGAAAGAAACUCCUCAAGCUGCUCAAAAAAAGGUGGCAAAAAAAGAGGAACAUCAAUCGCAGGCUGAAGAUGCUGAGGAGCCAAAAUCCGAUGAAAAAGUUGAAGAACUUGUUCCACCAUUAGCUGUCGAUCUUGAAGAGACAAAAUAA